UGCGCCCCCUCAGAUGUCUGCCGGGCUUGAACAGUGCCGCGUUCACGAACAGUUGAAUGCGUAUUGUAACUGUUUGGCGGUGAAAUUUACACGCGACGUUGCCAGUCCGUGCUGGUUAAGGACUUAGGAGGUCUAUUCAAGAAAUUCUACUCCGACUCUAUAGAGCAAAAAGCGCACCAUGUCUGUAUUAAACGGUAGCGAGGAGAAGAUGCAAGGGGAUUUGAACCUUGUUAUUUGAGAUACAGAGUCGAUUCCGGAGAGAAAAACGGACAACAAUAUGCUAAAGGAACGAGAAAGCUCGGAGGGGUCCCCUUCAACCCCAGACGAAUGUGCUGGAUGCGGAGGCAGGAUACAGGACAGAUAUUACCUGCUUGCGGUAGACCGACAAUGGCACGGCUCCUGCCUCCGCUGCUGCGAAUGCCGUCUGCCUUUGGACAGCGAGUUGACCUGCUUCUCAAGAGACGGAAAUAUCUAUUGCAAGGAAGACUACUAUAGGUUGUUUUGUGUGAAAAGGUGUGCUCGAUGUGGGAACGGUAUCACGGCGAACGAGCUGGUGAUGCGAGCCCGCGACAUGGUCUUCCAUCUCACAUGCUUCACCUGCGUUGCAUGCGGAACCCUACUUUCGAAAGGCGAUGUCUUUGGGAUGAAAAACGGCCUAAUUUACUGCAGACCUCACUAUGACAGUGCGUGUAUGGAUGAUUUUUGUGACGAGGACAUCAAUAGUGUUUACAGGUGCCAAGAAAUGCAUAGCGAGGGGGAUUCACCAAACCAAUACUACAAUGGAGGCCCGAGCCAAAAGGGUAGACCAAGAAAGAGAAAAGUGGCCCAAGGUUCCCCAGAAGAUAUGCAAGUUCAAACGAUGAGGAUGGCGAGCACAGCUUUAGAAAUACUUCACCGCGGGGAUCUCUCUUCAUCAAUGGAGUCGCUGGCUUACGACUCGUCAGUCGCUUCACCGGGUAGUGUUUCGAGCCAUAAUCAACGCACUAAACGCAUGCGCACCAGUUUUAAGCAUCACCAGCUUCGCACCAUGAAGUCAUACUUUGCAAUCAAUCAGAACCCUGACGCAAAGGAUCUUAAACAACUGGCUCAAAAGACUGGUCUUUCAAAAAGGGUAUUGCAGGUAUGGUUUCAAAACGCAAGAGCAAAAUGGCGUCGGAAUAUGAUGAGGCAAGAGUCCAGCCAGCAUGGAUCUAUGAUGAACGGCAACCUGGGACAUCCAGCAAACGGGGCGUUGGUCGGCGGCGUACCUCCACCGAGUGUGCCAAGCACCAUGAUCUUAUCAGAGUCUCUCCAAGCUUUAGACGAUCUGAGGGUCCACACCCCCCACCCGAUGACCUAUAAUGAAAUGUACUGACACUCUGUAAACAAUUGUAUGAAUCUAACGGCCAGUUUUUAAACUGGUUUCUUGUUUUCUUAGCCCUCAUUCGCACGAUUUUUUUAACGGGCGUUAAUAAAGCAUUCAAACACAACAAAUGCAUUCCCAAGUAACAGCGUCUUUAAAACACGACGAUUUUUUAUUGAGCAAUGUUGCAUUUUCAAUUUUGGGUGUUGGAAAUUGACCUUCAUUCAACUUCUCGUAUACGCUACGCCCGCCAACGCUGUGUUUUAACGCAUCGCUUUUUUAACUCUCGUGCGAAUGAGGCCUUAAUGUUGAUAUUUUUUUGUUCUUGUUAAUGGUUUUUGUUACCUCCACCGAUCUAGUAUACAGUUACCUCGCACUAAAUCCAUUACUUAGCAAGUUUUAUUAAUUUCGUAAAAUAUUAAAUUAUUGUUGGUAACAAUGUUAACACGUUCGCUGCGGUACGAGGUCAAUUGACCUCGUACACCUAGCUCCUUUAAAAGUUACGAGGUCAAUUGACCUCGUACACCUAGCUCCUUUAAAAGUUACGAGGUCAAUUGACCUCGUACCACACCAGAAGAAAGUACAGAAGAAUCAGUGCCGCAGCGAAUGUGUUAAUAAGUAAUAUACGUUUAUAAUUUCAAUACCAAAUGAAUGAAUAUUUUUUAGUAUUAGCAAUACUAUUAUUAUUUUACAUUCCACUAAAAUGUAUUAUAAUUCCAUAUUUUAGCGCAUUUUAAUACGUAUUUGGAUAUACCGUAGUUGUAAUAAGUUUUUAUUAUGUAAGUAAAAAUCAUAAAUAAGUCUGUAAAAAUUGUUUGUAACUAGAUUUACGAGUAUUUAGUCUAUAUCUCGUGCGUAACACCUGGUUUGAAUAAUGUGUGUACUUUUAUGGAUGAUUUUGGUAGCCAGGUGUCAAGUUAAUGCACACGGGUUAUAAUAAUGGUUAAAGUACCAUAGUAAUGCUCAUCUUUAUAACAAACUUCUAAGUGUCAAUACAUAAAUUACUUAAAUACUUUAAUCCAUAGUUUUUUAAUAGGUUUGAACGCAUUUAUUACGUUCUUGGACCUAAAAUAAAAACUAUUCUAAAAUUAUCACUAACUUGUGUAUCAUUAUGGGUGCAAUGUACACUAUACGAAUAUAUUUACUCGCACGUACUCUCUAUUACCUACUUACUUUCUUUUACUGUAAUUUUUUCACUUUAUUUUCUUUAUAAACCCCGACGCAACAAAACGUUAUAAAUUUGAUGUCUGUCUGUCUGUCUGUCUGUCUAUGCCACAGACAGACAGACAUCAAAUUUAUAACGUAGCACAGGUCGGGUGGACCGAAUUCGAUGCGGUUUUUUUGAAAGCUAGUAAGUAAAUAAUUUUCUUCAGUCCAGCUCACAAAAUACUACUUAAACUUUUAUGUUACUAUGGAAAGAAUUUCUUUCAUAAAAAUCGUUAUUCUAGAUAAUUUCAUGACCUUCGGGGGUUUUCAAAAUUUUUAAUUUUAACUUAAACAUACGUAUUUAGAAUAAAAUGUUUUAUUAAUAUGUCUCUUCUAAGUGAUUCAUUAUUAAUCGUUAUUUACCCACCCAGUACACCACACUAUGUUAUUAGUGAAGUUAUAAUUAAGAUUUCUUUUUAAAUUAAAAAUGUUAUUAAAUAUUAUUUUACCGAUUGCAUUUAAAUUAAUCUACUCAAAAUAAUUUAGCUCACUAGGUUACUAUAAGAAGUGAUACUAGUCAGUAUAGCUUAGUAUUCAAAUACCUACUAAAUAGACAUAGAAUAUAGGAUAUAAUUAUACAAUACACGACUGCUUUAUUAAAUGUGUGCAUUAUUAUUCUAUGUACCACGACUUACAGGAGAAAAUCGGUGUAAAAAUUCAAACCCCUUCUAAGUCCAUCGCACUUUACAUUGACAGUAGAGCUUCUCAUGACAGCGCUUUUGGUAUGACAUGGUUGUAAUGAGAAUUCUCUUAUGACACUCUAUACUAAACAUAAGAGAAAAUGAGUUUCCUUCAUAAUUUCUUUUUCCUGGAAUUUUUCAAUAAAUUAAUACAAUGGUCUUUGUGCUGCUUCAACAAUCUAGGAUUUUAAUAGUUUUUCUAAAAUACAAAGAUCGGGUUUAUUUUAUGUACCUAGUAGUUAUAUGUCUUUGUAGACAAAAGCUUUGAAGUUAAAAUCAAUAACCAAAUAUUAAUAAUAUGAAGAACCCUACACGCGCCAUUACUUAUGGCCUAAGACGCUGUCAUGAGCAGACUGCCUCCGUGGCGCAGUGGUAUACGCGGUGGAUUUACAAGACGGAGGUCCUGGGUUCGAUCCCCGGCUGGGCCGAUUGAGAUUUUCUUAAUUGGUCCAGCUCUGGCUGGUGCGCGACUUCGGCCUUGGCUAGUUACCACCCUACCGGCAAAGACGUACCGCCAAGCCCUCUUAUACCUUAAGGCUUAAAGCAUUGAUAACUUCAAGGGUGUCCGGUGUCCUAUGAAGCAAUAUAUCUUGUGCCUACUUAGUGUACCAUUAUGGCUAAUAGUGUACCAUAGGUACAGGAUGGCUGAAUAGAACAUAACGAAGUCGAGUCGAGUUCAAAACGAAUAUCCUAUUCAAGUAUUGAUCUAAAGAGAAUAGAGAUAUAAGUCGCUACCUUGAACUGAACUAAAUGGAUGUAUGCCAAUUACUAGUAGCCGGGCAACGCUUUGUUACAAGUUUCCGAGAAUCUUCCAAUAUAUCUAUAGCUCUGAAGUGAAAUAAUUUGCUUUCCAUUAUGUUUCGAACUCGAGGAUGUACCUAUAUAAAAUAUAAAAUAAGUUUUGCGUUUUCAGUGUUAGUAAUAAUAUAUAUAACGACUGUAUGAUAUAGACAUUAUAACAUUUGAAUUAUACGUUUUUUAAAAAAUUAUGUGUUAAAUAAAUAUUAACUUGGAACUAGAGGACUACUAUAGUUUCGCCAUGUUCGUUUAUCCGUCUGUCCGUCCGCGAUUUAACUCAGAGACUACAUACAGUCUAGAUUACAGUUCGUAGGAUAGUGCGGGUGACAGUCCGUUUCAGUUCUGAAAGAUUACGAUAAUAGUAUGUACGUGUUAUGAACAUCAUACAGGCAACUAUCACCGUACCCAUGUUAACUGAGAAACUAGAACUUUAGUACUACAUGUAAAGUUGGAAUGACAAUGUUUUACUCGUUUAUUUCUGAGAGGUAAUUUUUGAUGUCUUUAAAAAUAUGGUCAAAUGUUAGCUAAACCCAUCUGCCAGUCAAACAUAUUUCUUUUUUUUUUGUUCAUGGAUACAUAAUAAAAUCAUAAAAAUAAUUAUUUAUGAGGUUUAAUCGACCAACAUAUAAUUUUCCGCUUGUUAAUUAAUUAGAAGACUGAGAAUUAUAUUGUUUCGUCUACCCUACAGCGUAGGGUAUAGUUGGAUAGGUCUUGAAAAUAUUUUUGAUGUGACGACACCAUUUUUCAAUUUAGGGAUCCUUAUGUACAUUCAUCAUCACCGUCAUACUAGCCGAUGGACGCCUACUGCAGGACAUAGGCCUUCGGUAAGGACUUCCAAACAUCACGAUACUGAGCCACCUGCAUCCAGCGAAUCCCUGCGACUCGCUUGAUGUCGUCAGUCCACCUGGUGAGGGGUCGACCAACACUGCGCUUACUAGUGCGGGGUCGCUAUUCCAGCACUUUGGGACCCCAACGUCCAUCGAUUCUUCGAACUAUGUCCGCGCCCACUGCCACUUCAGGUUCGCAACUCGUUGAGCUAUGAGCGGUGACUUUGGUUCUUCUACGGAUCUCCUCAUUUCCAAUCAAUUCAAUUCUGUACAUUAUUAACACUAAAAUGUUAAUUUUACCUACAAUGCACAGCGCGUGGGCUUGGAAAAAUUGGCCAAGUGCGUGUCGCACCCAUCUGAUGGUUAGUGAAUAACUAUAACCUAAACAGAGCAAUACGUUCACAGGGCCUGCAAGUAAGAGGCCAUACUAAGUGUCUCUGUGUUCUAAGCCCGAGGUUCCAAGGUGUAAAGCCUCAUACGCCUGUAAAUAUACGCAACAAUGUCUUAUAGACAAAGUUUCAUGAGCACAUGAGUUUAUAAACACGAGUUACAUGAGCUGCUUUAGUGCCAAAUCUCAUCCGAAUCCAUUUAACCGUUUUGACACACCUAAGUACCACACAUUUAACACAAUUACACAAAUAUUAAAAUAAUAAAAUAUUUUUCAAUAAAAAUACUGGUGUAUUUAAAUAUUGUAUUAAUUAUAUUUUUGGAAGACGGUAUGGCUUAGAAUUACUAAGGUUUCUAUGUGGAAACUAAUGCUAGCCACCCAUCAUCCGAUAAGUCUACAUGCCUGCAGCGCUAACGGUUUGACAUCCGUUAAAACUGACCGUGAGUUGGUCGCAAUGUGCUUGAUGACAUGCAGAUCGCCACCAACACACGAUCAGUUGCGCUGCAGGUAUGUGGACUUAUCGGUUGGUGGGUGUCUAGGAACGUCCGCACCCCAGAAAUGCUUUGUUAAUUGUAGAAUUUAAACUAUUGUGAGUGUUAUUCAUGUUGCCGCGAUGCCAGAACAAGCACAUGACUAAGGGCCCCGUAUGGGUUCGAAACUAGUCGGGCAUACUCCGACCUAAUAUCACGUGAGUUUUAGCCGUGUUUCAUAAUCAAUUAAUGCUUUGUUAAAUUAUAAUUUAUUUACAAUCAUGGAUAUAACAAGUAGCCCUAGCUUAAAGUUUUUAUUUUCUGUGUAUACAGCAAUACAGGCAUCAAAAAAGCGUUACUUAGCGUCAACAUACGAACAGGAGAUAAUUUAUAACCAUAUUACUAAUUUGCUGACGCUUGUUUUUUCACUCACAUGUGCCUGUCUAUAUACACUUUACCACUACAACCAAGGUCAAUCCGUCUUCCGAAAAUAGAAUAAGUAGAUCAGUUUGGAUAGGUAAAUCAUAAAGAGAUGAUUUUUGGUCACCGGAAUUCUGAAAAAUAAGGUAAAUAAGAACCUCUUAUUUUCGUGUAAUACCUACUGGUUUUUAAGGUAGUACUCGUAUAUUGAUUAAGAAAUGUACCUAUGUAGUUAUAGUAAUGUAUGUACAAUAUCUGUAAACCUAUUUAUACUAUAAAAGUAAUAUAUUGUGACCUAUAAAUAUAA